UGUUGAUUUUGGCCAAGGCAAAAAGAAGUGGUCGCCUACGAAAAAAUACUUUUCGUUAUACAAUUGUCACCGGAAGUUUGUUAGUUGUGCGGGCAAGUUGCGCGCAAGUUAAGUCCCCACCCCCGCCCGCAACAAAUAAAGGCGUUUGCGUUUCGGUUUCUUGUGGAUUGGCUAAAAAUGUCGAAAAACAAGCUAAACUUGGUGCUACCGCCGGUAAAUGUCGAUGCAACUGUUGCCGCUGCACAAGUGGCUCCAACACCACCAUUUAAGACACCCUCAGGCACUGACACACAUAGUUUGCUGAAGCCAAAAACGAGCAUCGAUGCCCUGACUGAAACACUGGAGGGUCUAGACAUGGACGACACUGAACGCAAACGGAUCAAAGUAUUUCUCAGUCAAAAGGAGAAAAUCGGCGAACUGUCAGAUGAGGAUCUGGAAAAAUUGGGCGAACUGGGCUCCGGGAACGGUGGCGUUGUCAUGAAAGUCCGUCACACACACACGCAUUUGAUAAUGGCACGCAAACUCAUACACCUGGAGGUGAAGCCGGCAAUUAAAAAACAAAUCCUACGCGAACUAAAAGUACUCCACGAAUGCAAUUUCCCACACAUUGUCGGCUUUUAUGGGGCAUUUGUCAGUGAUGGCGAGAUCAGCAUAUGCAUGGAAUAUAUGGAUGGUGGCUCUUUAGAUCUCAUAUUGAAGCGCGCCGGUCGCAUACCCGAAUCCAUACUCGGUCGCAUCACGCUCGCCGUACUCAAGGGCUUGAGCUAUUUGCGCGACAAGCACGCGAUUAUACAUCGCGAUGUUAAGCCCAGCAAUAUACUCGUCAAUAGCAGUGGAGAGAUAAAGAUCUGUGAUUUCGGCGUAUCGGGUCAGCUAAUUGAUUCGAUGGCUAACUCGUUUGUGGGCACGCGCAGCUAUAUGUCUCCCGAACGACUACAAGGCACACACUAUUCGGUUCAGUCUGAUAUCUGGUCCCUGGGCCUUUCCCUAGUGGAAAUGGCCAUUGGAAUGUAUCCAAUACCACCGCCUGAUACCAACACACUAGAGCAAAUUUUUGCUGAAAAUGCCGAAGAUGGUAAUCAGACGGUGCUGGAGCCGAAAGUGAUGGCCAUAUUUGAACUGCUUGACUAUAUAGUCAAUGAACCGCCACCCAAGCUAGAGCACAAAAUAUUCUCUGAUGAGUUCAAGGACUUUGUGGAUAUAUGCCUGAAAAAGCAGCCCGAUGAGCGUGCGGAUCUUAAAACGUUAUUGAGUCAUCCAUGGAUACGUAAGGCUGAGGUGGAGGAGGUGGACAUAUCGGGAUGGGUGUGCAAGACAAUGGAUUUGCCGCCGUCGACGCCAAAACGCAAUACAUCGCCCAACUAAAUUGCAUUCCUUUAUGCCGCGCACUCUUCUGUGUACACGCACCAAUGUUUACCGUACUCCACACACACACAUCAACACACAUCAACACACUCACAUACA